AAUUCAUUCGUCUUUUACCUAGUAAUUUUCGUUUCACUCAUACAGAGCCUCGGCGCCAAAAGCAUCAGCACGCUCCCUAAUCAUAUAUCCGAACUAUCCCACCUAUAUACCCUCGUUGACCCACAUCGACACAUACCCCUCCUUCUCGCGAAAUGUCCUGCCCUUGUGUCAGUCCGACAAACCCCUUGCCGUCUGGCGAUAUCGUCACUCUCUCCCCGUUCCCGCCUGAAGUUACUGAACUCAUUCUCCAUUACCUUGCGAGGAGAUGUUGUAAUUCGCACUUCACCACUAUCCUUCGUUUAUCACGCAAGGUGUACGAAACCCACGUGUACCAGUUGUACGAAGAAAUUACUCUUCACGAUGGAAACGUUGAGGCCGUAUUUGCGGGCAUGGCAGAUGCUCAUGAUAAUCAGGAACCAGCAUCUCUUGGGGGAGGCAUAAAACAGUACACGUUUUCCAAAGAAUGGAACGAUGAGGAUCGCUUUACUGUGUUUCCAUGGUUUACAGGGACGAUGAAUCAAGCCACGGGAAAGAUUUCGUUCUUCAAGUGUCAUCCCGGCGCUCAGAAAAUUAUGCUAUUGAAACAGUGCAACUACCUUCGGAUACAGACUGCCAAUGCCCUCCUCAGGAUGUUAGAGGCAGUAGAUAGUUUCUCCCAAGAGGCUGACACUUUUGGCACCCAUACCAUACCGGCGGGUCCCUUUGAGUUCAUCUCUCGUCCUGAACCCAAGCUCUUUCAAGAAAUGGCAGGCGUUUCACUCGGAGAAGAGCUCAUACGAAACCUCCUGGAGGAGCCUGCACAAUGGCUUCCACCAUUGAUGGCGCUCGAAGAUGCGUGGCAAUCUUGCGGCAGCCUUUGUCUAUAUAUUCCAAACGACUUACCUGACUCAGUCGCCAAUGAACCUUUCCAUUCUACCUAUGAUCUGGUAGAGGCAUUGCGUCCUUUCCACCUCGUAAUGCACAAUGCCAGUAUUUGGAAUACGGUAUACGCAUACCCUGUUCACAACAUGACGUUUGAUCUUGUCCCCGCGUCCGAAGAAAAUGGGAUAGACGACUCGAAGAACAGAGAAGCGGAGAUCGAAUCCAUCGUGGAAUGGUGCAAAGUGUUGUCAAGGGUUACGGAUACUGAAGAAGAGCUAUAUCCUACUAAAUUAACUUUUGCAAACUUUGGCACAAUUAGAUCCGGUGAGACAGGGGAAGUCCGCCCUUUGUACGCGGAGAAUGGGAAGCUUUUCCGCCAAACCCCAGCCUAUCAACACUACAUCAAGAAGAUUGCUGAGGAGUUGCAAUCCAAUGAGGAGUUUGCAAAAUGGAUCAGUGUGAUGGUUUCCCCGCCAUUACUCGCUGGGCCAUACUCGUGCGAGGUCUGCGCUCGAGGUAGGCACUUGUAGCUGGUGCUUAAUGUCAAGGUCGAUAUACGCGAUGCUUUUAGCGGUCAAUGGGAGGCCGUACUGUUGCUGUUAACAUCCAGCUUUAGAAACACGAGUGCUGUCGAGAUCCUUGUUGAUUCGCAAUGGUUAUUGUCAAUGCUUGAGGAUGCAUUGUCAUCUUUAGCACAUGAUGAAGAAAGGAGAAGAACGGCAGGAAAUAUGUCAUAUGAUUCGAUUCCUUUAGAACCAUGAAGACUCAAAUCCCAGCUACGAGUCCGGAACCACUCUUGACGCCAAUGCACCUAGUACAAGUACUAUGCAGCACCAUACGUAUAACCCGCGCGCUCUUUCUUCUUUCCUCAGUAGCAGUCUCCUUCAUAGAUUUAGAUUUAGAUUUGGACUCGUCAUCGGGGCCCGGUGGUGGGGGUUUCAGUACUCUGUACUUGGGGGAAGGGGAAGAAUAGCUCAGAAGUCCUCAUAUCUUUCCAUUCUCAUCGCCUUCAAGAAGGAUCGUUGCAAUGAUUUCAUCGGUCUCGCAUUCGUGGUUGACCACGUUUCCGGCUAUUCAUGUAAUGGUACUACCGCCCAGAAGGUGGAGACAUGCAUGACAAAAAUGCACUUUCUGGCUCUAUAUGACAUGAUGUAUCCGGAGGGACGUGGUAAUUGUAAAUGGCGUCUUAGCGGAGUUUAGCGUAUUAUGGGAAACUUGAUGACAAAGCGCCCGCUGGCCCACAUAUCAGACACGCUGUCGG